GAAAAAAAAGCCCCCUCUUCACCCCAACACACACAUAUACAUACACCCCGUCCGUCCUGUUUCCCCAUGCUAUGGGUCAGUGAGAGGACACUGCUUCAGAAAACAGGUGAAAUACGAUACUUUCCCACGUACAGGUGAAAAGUGUACCCAAAGAGGUUGUUGGUAUACCAUUAUACAACACACACAUCCCAUGGCACUGGAAACGUAGGGUCACAAGGCAACCAGCUCUGUGUACAUUCGGUAUUGGGUGUCAUGUUUGGGCAAUUACAACAAGAGAACAUGUUUCCUUCAGACCUUUCCGCAAGCGCGUAUGAGGAUCCGGUUGGGCCGGAGGUGGAAGAAACCAAAUUCUAAACACCCGAGGGAAUCUCUCGAGGGAAUAGCGGCUACUUAAAGCUGUUGUCUGUAUGCACCACUCAGCAAAUACUAGUAACUAACACUGCUGUGAACGCUAUGCUCUGAAAUCCGUCUGUAAAAACAAAUUUGUAUUUCGUGGUGGCCUGGAUACGGAUAACCUGACCUCCCUAUGUAAGGAGCAAUUUUGGACUCGUCCCAGAUUCUCAACAAUAAUGGCGCACUUUUUGACAAGGGUGCUUAAAGCGCUGUGUGAGUCUCCCUUGCGGAUCCUUCUCCUUUUCUUCGUUGUCCUUUUCCGUAGCUGCCAGUACGUCUGUGUGCGUGUGCUGCGGGCGGAGCGACGGAAGAGCGUGAGCGGGGAGACGGUACUGAUCACCGGGGCCAGCCGGGGGAUCGGCCGGUGCCUUGCCUUAGAGUUUGCCAAACACGGAGCCGACACGAUUGUCCUGUGGGGCCGGGAUGAAGAAAAAUUAUCUUCUGUAAAAAAGGAGGUCGAAGACAUCGGAACGUCCCGGUGUCAUUACUACAGGUGUGACGUAGGAGAUCGCGAACAGGUGUACAGAACUAUUCAAAAGGUACAGGAGGAUGUUGGGACGAUAACGAUUCUGGUCAACAACGCGGGCGUUGUUCACGGUGGAACACUGCUGGAAACGAAGGACGACAAAAUCGAGGAAACGCUUCGGGUCAACACAUUGUCUCAUUUCUGGACUACGAAAUCUGUACUUCCCUCCAUGCUCGCCAGAGGGCGCGGUCACGUGGUCGGCAUAGCCUCGACAUUGGGGCUGUUCGCGCUGCCCGGGGUUUCAGACUACGUCACGUCCAAGUUCUCCCUGGUCGGGUUCUAUGAGUCGCUGGCGGCGGAGCUGAGAGAACAAGGCCACCGUGAUGUCGGUGUGACGUGCGUGUGUCCGGGACACACCACUACUGACAUGUUUAAGGACCUCACAACACAGCCAUUUUCACUGACACCUCAGCAAGUCGCUGAGCAGACAAUAGAGGCUGUAAAAACCAACCAACGUCGGGUUAUUCUUCCCCGUGUCAUGCAUCUAACCUGGAUUCUCAAAAGCUGGCUGCCUGGAUCCUGGAUGCGGAACGUACUGUACGUUACCGGAGCCAUGAAGGACAUGGACAACUUCUGUGCAAAACGCUGACAUACUACUGGUACAUGACGGGACUCUAACAUGCUCUACAUGCGACGACAUGAAUGUCUGAAACACUCUACAGGCGAAGUAGCUGAUGUAGAAAAGAACGAGAAUAUUUGCAAGAAAACGCAUAUAUAUUUCCCUUCAUAUGGUCUAGCCUAACAAACAACUGCUGUUUUUUCUUACUCAAACAUAUAAAAACAUACGGUGACCAGUACCUCCAGCUCUAUCCUGCCACUUGCUACAUAACGAUAUCGAACACUUUAGAGUGUUUUUUUUUUUUACUUUACUAGAAACUAUACGGUAGCAGUUGUCUGGUCAAGGUCAUUGACCGAAUUUCUUUGGAACAGAAGAAUUAGAGGAAGAGACCGAGAAAAACAGUAUAUUACCUUCUGUGAAGGUUGAUAUAAAACAACAGACAUAAAACAUCUGGUCCUAGACCAUAGCUAGCCCUGGGGAAAAUAGCAACCCCUAUUCCUAAGCAGAAGCAAGAACUUCGGGGAUACAAGCCCAGUCAUGUUUGGGACCGCAUCAUUCUCAAAGCGCCACCUAGCGAUGGGAAAUAGAUAGCACCAGUCAUCAUUUCACACAGGUUGCAGCAGGUUUGACUUUGACUUUAUUCAGAUCCACUUUUAGCUAUUACAACAUUAUGUUGCCAGCUAUUCUUCCAGUGGUCUACAUAAAAUAGGUACCAGACGGACUACCGAAACGUUGUCAGGCAAACAUCCUAUUGGCUGAUUGUCAGCCAAUAACUUUUGAGGUAGCCUGAUUUAAUCGCGCUUCUCAGGCCCGUCGUACAUUGCCGCGGGGAGGAGUCUACAAGCUCUGGAUAGCGGAGUUUGCGUUACACAGACUACUUUUGAGGCUGGGUGUAAUAUUUCCAGACACAAGGUGAUCCCAUGGAUGAAUAUCAAACGAUUCUAACUUGUCUUCCACUGCCAUACUGUAUCAGAAAAAGAAUUUUAACUCAAUAUUUAGAGUGAAGUAGUAGUACGUUACAUGUACUUGCAACUAGCCUCGAACUACGGGCAAGAAUUUGGAAUAAGCUCAUCAUUGAUGGUUAAAAAUGAAUCGGUACUAUCUAA